AUGACUCGUUCGAAAAAAGCUGGUUUGGUAUUUCCUGUUUCUCGUGUCGAAAAUCAUUUACGUAAAGGUCGAUAUGCAAAACGUAUUAGUCCACAAGCAUCUGUUUAUUUAGCUAGUGUACUUGAAUAUUUGGUUGCCGAGACAGUAGAAUUGGCAGGUGAUAUGACACGUAAAGGCAAACGAAAACGUAUCACACCUCGAGAUAUUGCUUUAGCGAUUAAAAAUGAUCAUGAACUUGCGAAAUUAUGUACUGAUGUAACCAUUCCAGAAGGUGGAGUUCAACCAUUUAUUCACGAAGUAUUACUUAAACCAAGUCAACGUCGUCGUACUCGUCGAGUUAAAUUUAAUAUAGUUGAUGACAAUGAUUUAUAA